GCCACAGGCCGACAUGCUACACCCGUCCAUGCAAGUUCGCGCGUCUGUACGUUAUGAGAAACACAUAUUUUAAAGAAAUCGAGUCGAACUGACAAUUAUGGCUGUCUUGCAAUAUACAGCGAUAAUCGCUGUCUGCAUAUCUGGUUACGUCUACGCGGGGUACUAUUCUCCCCAACAUGUCAUGGUCGACACAACAAACGAAUUCGGGAUCUGCGUCCUGCAGGUACUUGCCUCGAGGGACGAAAAUGUGGCUUUUUCGCCUUACGGCCUUGUAUCUGUGGCACUGGUGCUUUACGAAGGAGCAAGAGGGCCGACAGCCGCCGAAAUCCACAAUACGCUCAGGCUCCCAUGGGACAGGGAAGUCACUAGAAUCGGCUUCAGGGAUAUGCAUAGAUAUCUUAAGAGUUACUUUUCCAAUGAUGGUUUCCUCCGAGGUUUGGUGCUGAGCAAGCCGGAUGUAAUUAUUCACAACAAUUACUCCGAUCUGCUGUUGUUUUACGGUUUCGAUGUCAAAGUCGGAUUGACCACUUCUAGACCGUCGAUAGUAACGGAAUCACCUAAAAACACAUCUACAAUAAGCCCUGUGGAGCAAAAUUCGACUUCUGCGACUAACGGAACGACUACGGCUGUAGCACAGGACCUGACGACGCCAAUGACUACAACGACAGUGAUUUCAACCGUGUCGACGACGACAAUCUCGGAAGCUGAAACCCUGUCCACGACUGUUGAAACGAAUCCGAUGACAGUCCUAUCUGAAACUACACCGACGACGCAGGUUACUGAAGCCAAUGUAGGGAUGCGCGAGAUGCCGGAAGUCAUGUCGCAAAUAAACCAGAGUUUUCUAACGACAAUGAGAUCCGAGAUGAGAGAAAUCGACAUGCAGAUAACAACAGAACUACCAACUACUGUGACUGAAUCAAGUGAAACUUCUUCGGACACCAGUACGGCGAACGUUGAAGUCACGGAAGGACCCCAAAAAAUCAAAGAAGAAAUUUCUACUGCCCAAACAGUCCAAACCACAGAAUCGGAUGCACCCGAAACCGCGAUAAGUUUAUUUUCAACCACUAAUGAACCUGUUACCGCGGAAAUGAACGAAGUGAUGACACCCGUGUCCACUUCGGCAGACAUGACCAUGGCGGAAACUUCAAUGACGGAAAUUUCCAUUGUAAACCCUAUCACACCUGUAAUUACUGAAACUUCAGCACUCCAGGAUGAAUCGGUAUCUACGAUCACUCCUGAAUUGUCGUCAUCAACUGAACUUACCGAAUCGCAUUCGUCGGAUGAACACGAACAUCACUUAGACGAAUCAGAACCCGAGGUAGCAACACCGACUGAACCGUCAUCAUCCUCACCCUUUUCUGAAGCAUCAUCUGCAACUACUUUUGCCCCAUCGGAAUCUACAUCUACCGAGACACAACCCCUCUCUACAGAAUCUUUCACCGCUACUCUCGAAAUAACUACCAGUCAACCUUCCACAGAAAGCCCCAGUACCGCUGAAAGUUCAGAAUCGUCUAGAAAGAAACGUAGCAGCUCUUACAGGGACUCAUCACACCUUGUCGCUGAACACAGAGACGGCAUAUCAAAUUGGGUUCCUCAUUAUCAAGACCCACGGUGGAAUUACAAUUCUCAGAACGAACUUUGGUUCUUUAUGUUUCAAGGAGGAGAGACAGUCCCUGUACUAACAUACACGGCUUAUCUGCCCUUUGCGUAUAUUUCUCAGCUAAAUGCGCUGGCCCUCCAACUACCCCUUGAUGAUCCGAGGUAUUCAAUCGUGAUAUUGCUGCCGGAGGAGAGACUAGGGUUGAGCGGACUGCUUUACGAGUUGCAGUGGUGCCCCGUAAGAGCGAUUAUGAGCCACAUGAAGACCACUGCCGUCUACGCAGUCGUACCUUCAUUCACAGUCGUCAAACACGUCAACCUGGGACCUGCGCUCGCCCAGCUAGGGAUCCGCAGCCUGUUCGACCCGUUCAAAUCCGACUUGAGCAACAUGUCACCGGAGCCACACCUUUUCGUGAGGACUAUAGAGCAGGUCGUGACUGUUUCGCUACGAAAGUAUUACGCCAAUCAUAGAUGGUUCGACGCGACGCCAAGCGACGUGCAACAGCAUUUCAUCGCCAACCACCCGUUCGCCUAUCUGGUGAUGGACAAGGAGACGGACGUCGUACUCAUGGUCGGCACCAUCGUCAACCCGAUCGCGCACAAACAGGCCAGUACUCAGUAGCCCAUAGUGGAGUGUGGACGGCGGAAUGGACCACCACCCGCAGUACCAGUCGUCUCCUUCCGCUUCUUUCCGUCCCACACUUGAACCAUGUCAUUUCCGAACGUUGUUGAAAUGUGAUAAUGUUGACGAACCGUCGGCAGUUCAAGUGCCUUCUUUCCAUUAAUUUCCCACUACAAAUCGAAUGUCAGAUUAAUGAACGGCCCAUCAGUUUUCAAUUUGCAGAGAGAUUUGUUACACUUUUAAUAAGAUUAUUAUAUAAAUCUAAAUAUUUUUGUAAUAUAUUUUCAAAGUUGUAAAUAAUAUAUCUUCAAGUUGUUAUUUGACAGAAUUCUAUGGACACGUACAACAAAAAUAUAUUUUAUUCGUCUUAAUGUUUGAGAAACACUGCCUCAAAAAGCUGUACAUUUUGUAAGAGUAGAAAAAUAUCUUUUUGAAUAAAUUGUGAUAUUAGUCGUGUA